AUGGGUGUCUGUGUUUCAAAACCUCAUGCAACUAUUAAAGCCCAGCAGAAAAGGGUCCGCAGAGUUGCCAGACGCCGGGGGAGAAAGAUGAAGAAGGUUGUCACCUCCAAUUCUGAUUCAGCUACGAGACGGUCUGUUAGUGAGUUUGUACAUCUUGACUUUGAGAAAGGUGCUGCAACUACCUGCAAGAGAUCUGAGGUUUCUAGUGGCACAUUUCACCUCACUCAGCUUCAAUGGAACCACAGUCAGAUUGAUGGAAAUGGUGGGAAAUGCCCAGGGGAGGCAUGGUUUGACUCCCUCAGUAUCAUGGAAUCUGAUUCAGAAGAUGACUUCUGCAGUGUGCAUGGAGAUGGGUUUCCUUUAGCAGGUAAUAUCCCAAAUGGUCAAUUGGUCCAGUACGAAAGUGCAUCAUGCAUUGUAGAUAAUGGAUGCAAGUAUGAGGGGUUCUAUGAAAGUUACCUGAAAAUAGAUGGAAAUGCACGCCAUUCGGUAGAGAAAACCCAAGUCAGUUUUAAUGACAAGAACCCUAAGCAACCGGCAGUUAUCAUGCUCUCUUAUAAGAGGAAAUCCAUCGACGAAAGUGAAAAGACCGGUGCGUCUGAUCAUAAAUACUUAUUUCGCCCAAGAGCAGGACUUCGCAUUCCUUGUUCAACCGAUGAGAAGCCAAGUCCUGGAUCCUGGUCUGCAGUUCCACCUUCAGUAUUUAAGCUCCGAGGCGAGAAUUAUUUCAAAGAUAAACAGAAGUACCCUGCUCCAAACUACAGCUCAUACGUACCAAUUGGUGUUGAUUUGUUUAUCUGCCCCCGAAAGAGAGAUCACAUUGCUCAGCAUCUUGAGCUUCCUUCUGUAAAACCACAUGACAAAGUUCCCUCCCUCCUGAUUGUUAAUAUACAGUUGCCUACUUAUCCUGCCACAAUGUUCCUUGGUGAUUGCGACGGGGAAGGCAUGAGUCUUGUAUUGUAUUUUAAAGUGAAUGAAAAUUUUGACAAAGAGAUAUCUGCUCAGUUUCAAGACAGCAUCAGGAAAUUUGUUGAGGACGAGACAGAAAAAGUAAAAGGGUUUGCAAAGGAUUCAGUGGUUCCCUUCAGGGAAAGGCUAAAAAUCAUGGCUGGAUUGGUCAAUCCAGAUGACCUCCAGUUGAGUUCUGCAGAAAGGAAGCUUCUAUCUGCUUAUAAUGAUAAGCCUGUGCUUUCCCGCCCUCAACACAAUUUCUACAGGGGACCUAAUUACUUUGAGAUUGACCUAGAUAUCCAUAGGUUCAGCUACAUAUCCAGGAAAGGACUUGAAUCAUUCAGAGAGCGUUUGACCAACGGCGUGCUUGAUUUGGGAUUAACAAUCCAGGCACAAAAACAAGAGGAAUUGCCAGAGCAAGUCUUGUGCUGCCUGCGCUUGAAUAAGAUGGAAUUUGUAAACCAUGGUCAAAUACCUACGCUUGUAACUAUGGAUGACUGA